AUGCAAAUAGUUAGUGUGCAGGUAUUGAAACACAAACAGGACCUCGACAAACAGGACCUCGACAAACAGGACCUCGGCAAACAGGACCUCAAACAAACAGAUUUGCUUGACCAGUCACCUCCUGUUGAAAUGGCGCUGAGAGGAAAAGUUGCUAUCAUUACAGGUUCCAGUUCAGGAAUUGGUGCAGGGAUUGCAGUAGCGUUUGCAAAAGAAGGGGCCAAACUGUCACUGACUGGUAGGAACCAGAAGAAUUUGGAGGACGUGGUCAAGGACUGCAAGAAGGCAGGGUCUCCGGAUGUUCUCAUAAACGUGGGAGACGUCACGAAGGAUGCUUUCAGAAGGACUCUCGUGGAGGCAACCAAGAAGAAGUUCGGGAAAACAGACAUACUGGUGAACAACGCUGGGAUCUCAGACCUGAUUCCGCUGACAUCAACGACCAAAGAGCAGUACGACAGAAUGAUGGCUGUCAACGUUGAGGCACCUUUGUUCUUGACACAGUUAGUUGCACCGCAUUUGAUUGAAACUAAAGGAAACGUGGUCAAUACGUCGUCUGCCGGAACGUCCAUGAUCAUGCCGAAUACAGGUGUCUAUAUCAUGUCGAAGGCGGCCUUAGAUACAUUCACAAGAUACCUUGCUCAAGAACUGGCAUCACGUGGUGUACGUGUCAAUUCAAUCAAUCCAGGCUAUGUACCCAGCAACAUAAUGUCAAAGGUGUUGACUAAAGAAGUAUCCGACCAGAUGGAUAAAGCUAUAAGACAGGCGACACCAAUUGGUCGAGCGUGUACCCCAGAAGAAAUGGGUCACAUUGUGGCCUUCCUAGCCUCGGAUAAAGCAGCCUUUGUAACUGGGGAGUGUUUCAGGGCCGAUGGUGGGCUCUCAAUGACCACACCAGCCCUUGGAUAGAAAAUGAGACCUACACCAUUACAUUUUGUAAGGAACAUUCGUAUGUGUGCCACUGACAAUGUAACGACAUGGAAAAAGAGGUAAUUUUUGUGUUUACUGGACAAAUCUUGAAAAUUCUGAAAUAAUUCUGAAAUAUUAUAAUUACUAAUAAGAAUACAAUGUUAUUUAUCAAAAUCGUAUAUUGUUCCACUUGUGUUAAACAAAUAAAUAUUUAUUCGGGAAACGUU